AGAGGGAUGAGCGUGACCGGAGCUGCCUGCAGGCCGACGUGUGCUACGCCUCAGAGAUGCUACCCCCGCCUGCCUACCCUAUGAACCCCAUCAAUGCUGUCGUGUCCAAGUUUGUGCGCACAUCCACCAACAAAGCAAAGUGUCCCAUCUUCUGCCUGGCGUGGACACCUGAGGGUCGUCGUCUCGUGACAGGUGCUUCCUCAGGGGAGUUUACCCUAUGGAAUGGACUCACCUUCAACUUCGAAACCAUUCUACAGGCCCACGACAGCAGUGUUCGGACGAUGGUGUGGUCGCAUAACGACCAGUGGAUGGUGACAGGCGACACAGGAGGUUUUGUUAAGUACUGGCAGACCAACAUGAACAAUGUGAAGCUCUUCCAGGCCCACAAGGAUCCAGUUCGCGGCCUCAGUUUUUCCCCAAGUGACCAGAAGUUUGCCACUGGCUCAGAUGACGGCACUGUUAGAAUAUGGGACUUUUACCGCUGUUAUGAAGAGAAAGUUCUCCGAGGCCAUGGAGCUGAUGUCAAAUGUGUGGACUGGCACCCUUCAAAGAGCUUGCUGGCAUCGGGGAGCAAAGACAAUCAGCAGCCAAUUAAACUCUGGGAUCCUCGCUCUGGUCAACCCCUCGCAAAACUACAUGCUCAUAAAAGCACAGUCAUGGAUCUGAAGUGGAAUGCCAAUGGUAACUGGCUCUGCUCAGCAUCCAGAGAUCAUCUGCUCAAGCUUUUUGAUAUCCGUAAUCUUUCCACAGAAUUCCAGGUAUUCAGAGGUCACAAAAAAGAGGCAUCGUGCAUUGCAUGGCACCCCCACCAUGAGGGUCUGUUUGCUAGUGGUGGGUCUGAUGGCUCUAUCCUAUUCUGGCAUGUGGGUAAUGACAAGGAAGUGGGUGCCAUUGAGUCUGCUCACGAUGGCAUCAUCUGGGAUCUGGCCUGGCAUCCUCUCGGACAUAUACUCUGCUCCGGCUCUAAUGAUCACACGUCAAAGUUUUGGACGAGAAACCGGCCGGGAGACAAGAUGAGAGACAAGUACAACCUAAACACAUUACCUGCUGGAGUCCUGGCCGACGACUCCAUGGAUAUUGAUGACAUUCCUCUGAACUCGAGCCUGACCUCCCAAGGAGCCAUUCCUGGUAUGGGUCCGGAUGACAAAAUUGAAGAGACGGAAACAGCUGGUCCUGAGACUAUCCCAGGCUUAGACUUCGAAGGUGUUGGAUUUGACAGAUUUUCCAAGAAAACUCCAUAUGCCAAACCUAUUCCCAAGACCUUUCAAGCUGCGUGGAAUGCUGCUGGUGGGUUGGAGGAAGAAAUUGAAGAAGAAAACAGUGCGACAAGCUGGGUAGUGACGGACAGUGCUGCCCUGUUCUGCAUGCCAGCCAACAUAGAAGGAGAGAUGGUCUACACAGAUGAUGGCGACGAACUGCCCCCUGGCUCGGUGCCCCUGAACAACAUUAAGGCCAACUCCAUUCUGUACUGUGGUUUCCUCAUUCCUCUGGAGAAAGUGGCAGGAGAUGUCAUCCAGAAUGCCUUUGCCACCAUGGAGGAAGAGGAUGCCAUUGCUGAGAUAACUGGAGACUUUGAAUUUGCCAGGAAACUCAUAAAAGAAAAGAACCAGCUACUGAAUCCAAAUGCCAGUGAGGAACCUCCAGAGAAGAAGGGUGGACCCCAGUUUGGUGAACAGAAGAAUCCCAAUUAUGGCAAUAACAACAACAAUACAGGCAACUACCAAGGCUCAGCAGGGUUCCAGGGCAUGCAGCAACCCUUCGGUGGUGGUCCUAGUGGCCCACACAACCCCAAUUCACAGAGAGGGAACUUCCGAGGACAAUUUGAUGGAGGGUUCAACCGCGGGGGGCCCAGAGGGAAUUGGUCACACAGAGGAAGCGGCCCAAGGGGAGGCCACAAUAUGGGGGGGAUGAGGGAUGGUGGUGAACAGUACGAAGAAGGCUUUGAUGAAGACUGGGGGUAUGACGAGCAAGGGGGUGACAAUGGCAUGAAUGGGGGAGGCCACUGGGGGGGCUAUGAGGACCGAGGGAGAGGGCGUGGCCGAGGCAGAGGGAGAGGGAGGGCCAGAGGAAGUUUCAAAGACUUUGGGGGAUAUGAGGAUGAUGAGCACAUGGGCGGGGGAGGCCGACCCAACCACUGGCGUGGGGGAAGAGGUGGCAUGCAGGGUGGGGAGGACCACUAUGGCGGGGGGGGAGGAGAUUGGCACGGGGAGAACACAUGGUCAGGGAAGGGUAACAACUACAACAACAACCAAGAUGGUGGAUGGGAUGGCGAAGAGUAUGGGGGCCAUGGAGGUCGAGGAGGGCCAUGGAGGGGUAGGCCAAGAGGGCCCAGGGGAGGCGGAGAUUUCCAGAGGGGAGGGAGAGGAGGGGGAGGCAGAGGCGAUUUCCAAAGAGGGAGAUCGAGAGGGGGUGACUUUCAGCGUGAGACGGCUCCCAAGAUCAGGGUGGGGCAACUUGAAGCUGAUAAUCUAGCAGAGGACAAGAAGGUUUAG